UCAUGAGUCACACGGUAUGGUUGACCCAAGGGUCAACAAGCCAUGCUUGCGAAUUUGCAAUUGCCAUCUAAUUACCUCAAACAAUCACUAAUUGUUAAACCUAGGAAUAUAUGAUCAACAUUUGUGAUUAAGAGCGAGGGGGAGAUGAUGAGGAAUAUGUCUACGAUCCCUUUUCUGUUUCUCAUGAGUUUGAUCGCUAGAAGUGAAGCAGUUCGUUACUUCAGCCAUCUCUGCCCAAACACUACCACUUUCACCCCGGCCGAAGUAUUCGAAUCCGACCCCGACAGCUUCCAAUAUAAUCUCGGUCAACUUCUCAAAUCCCUUUCCUCGAACGCCACACGUACUGACACCGGAUUUUACACUGCCACCGCUGGCCGAAACUCAACUGAAAAGGCAUAUGGGAUGUUUCUAUGUCGCGGUGAUGUCUCUACCGAGGUUUGCAAAGAGUGCGUGCCCGAUGCAAUCGUGGAGGCAGCACAACGCUGCCCUGAUAUAAAAGAGGUUACCAUAUGGUUCGACGAGUGCAUGCUACGCUACUCGAAUGAGACAUUACUUUUCUCGAUGAACAUUUCGCUCGCAACGGGCGUGUUGGACGAGGUUAAUGUUACAGAACCAAGAGGAUUUACCCUGAAUAUGAGUGAACUAACCACUGAGGCUGCCAAUAACAGCAAGUACUUUGCAACCAAAGAAGCCAAAGUUGAAGGGUCAAAUGAGACGCUGUACAGCCUUGUGCAGUGCACGCAGGAUCUCUCUGCUUCAGAUUGCAAACGUUGUCUGGAAAAAGCUGCAGAACAAUUAGUUUCAUUUGGAACCCAAUUGGGACGAUUGCAAUAUCCCAGUUGUACCGUUUGGAUCGAUACUACCCUCUUUUACGCCAUCAAUCGGACCGACGCACAGCAUCCUCCCACACCAGAGGCUCUUCCUCCUCCUAGUACUCUACUACCAAAUUCGCGAUUACCUAUAGGAAGAAAGAAACACUCCUCUAUAACUAUCAUUGUUGUUGUGAGUGUUGUAAUUGCUCUUCUAGUUGUCUCUCUGGUCCUUGUAGCAUUGGGCUACUGCCUCCCAGGCAGAAGAGAAACAAAGAAGAACGAUGAGGCUCUACAACAAGAAAAUGGCAAACAGCAAGAUAUGAGGACGGCUGAGUCCUUGCAAUUUGAUUUGGGAACUCUCGAAACUGCCACAAAUAAGUUUUCCGAAGAUAACAAGUUAGGCGAAGGUGGAUUCGGUGCAGUUUUUAAGGGAAUGCUAAGCGAUGGCCAAGAAAUACCAGUAAAGAGGUUGUCAAAAAGCUCUGGACAAGGUGUAGAAGAAUUUAAGAAUGAGGUUGUGUUGGUAGCCAAGCUUCAACACAGAAAUCUUGUCAGGCUUUUAGGAUUUUGCUUGGAAGGAGAAGAAACCUUACUUGUUUAUGAAUAUGUGCCUAACAAAAGCCUUGAUUAUUUUCUGUUUGAACAUGAAAAACGAGAACAACUAGAUUGGUUGAGCCGCACCAUGAUAAUUGGAGGAAUUGCUCGAGGAAUUUUGUAUCUCCAUGAAGAUUCAAGGCUUAGAAUUAUACAUCGUGAUUUGAAAGCUAGCAACAUUUUAUUAGACAGCAACAUGAACCCGAAAAUAUCAGAUUUUGGGAUGGCUAGAAUGUUUGGAGUUGAUGAUCAAACUGAAGGAAAUACCAAAAGAAUUGUUGGUACUUACGGUUACAUGGCUCCAGAAUAUGCUAUGGAAGGGUUGUAUUCAGUAAAAUCGGAUGUCUUCAGCUUCGGAGUACUUCUGCUUGAGAUCAUAACGGGGAGAAGGAACUUUUUAGGCUUUCAUCGCACAAAUUGUAAACCUACUCUUAUAGGUUAUGCUUGGCAAUUAUGGAAUGAAACGAAAGGGUUGGAGUUGAUGGAUCCCUUGUUAAAAGAUUCCUGCCGUCCAAAUGAAUUUUUGAGGUACAUCCACAUUGGACUAUUGUGUGUUCAAGAAGAUGCAAACAACAGGCCGACCAUGUCCUCAGUUGUUCUUAUGUUAAAAAGUGAAACUAUUAUUCUUCCCAGACCUGAGAAACCAGCCUUCUUUACAGGAGGAUACGUUGACCACCAUGAUCAAGUGCGUCCUCAAGAUUGCUCAGGCAAUGGUUUGACCAUUUCUAUCGAUGUUCCUCGUUGAGACCGAUGACAAUAAGGUUAAUAUUUUGGAAGUUCUUCCGUUAAAGGCUCUUAAGCUGCAUUUAGAGACAAUCCUAUAAUCUUUACAGCUUUUCUUUCACCUUGUCAUUUGUAUAGGGUAAAUGUUAAUUACCAUGCGCUCCCUAAUGAUCUCGAAUCUACAUAAUUUGUUAUUACGCAUCCUGUAUAUGACUAGCAGUAUGACUUGAGUAGUGUUAUUUUACGUACUUAAUAUGUUUUGAGUUAAUUUGAA